AUGAAAACAGUGUUGCUUAUUGCUUUGAUCACUAUAGCAUUCACUGCUAGAGUUUAGUAAAAGAAUAUGGCAAAAAUCACAACUGAUUUGAAAAAAAGCACUUAUGGAAAUGCACUCCUUCAUUUAGUUGAACUUCAUUCAAUGGCUGGAGGACCUGUAUAAGAAUUGAUUGAUGCUAUUGAAGAGCUUAUUAAUGACCUUGAAGAAGAAUUAGAUGAAUUAGAAUUUAAUUUCUAAUAAAGAACAAAUGAACAUAAUUCAUUAGUCAUUGGAUAUGAAUAAGAUAUUUAGGAUGCUGUAAUUGGUAACAUAAUUAAAUAAUAAUUUAGAUGUUAAUAAUACAUAAGAUACCUUGGAUAACUUACUUUUCCCAAGAAGAGAAUAACUUUAAGUUAGAAUUGAAUAAAUUCAAGAAAAUUAGGAAGCCAAUAGAAAAAAUUAUGAUGAAGCAGUACUUACUAGAGAAUAAGAACAUGAAGAUUUUGAAUUUUAAGUUGCAGAAUUAAAUGAUGCUACAGCUGCUGUUGAUGAUGCUCUUGCCCUUCUUUCAUCACUUACAAAUCCAUCACUUCUCUAGAUUAAGAGAUUCUAAAAUUCAUUGAAAAAUAUUGAAUCCAAAAUUAAAUCUAGAUCUAAGAUGGCACCUAUGAUCAAAGCUCUUAUCACCUUAGCUUCUAAUUAAAACUUCUCAGAUUAAGGAGUUAUUGGUUAAAUUGUAGAUGCACUUAAUGAAUUCAGAAAUGCUAUUGUUGAUUCAAUUAAUGCUUAAACAGCUGCUGAAGCUGAUGCUUAAGCUGAUCAUGAAGAAUAUUUAGAAUAAUUAGAUGCUGAAUAUGCAGAAUUCUAAAGACAAAUCAAUAGAGUUAAUGUUGACUUGACAGCCACAAAUGGUAAUUAAAUAAAAAUUAAUCAAAUUAGAAAAAAUCGACUAAUUAAGUGAAUUUAGAGAUUAAAGAGAAGCUGAUAGAAAACAAUAUAUUGCAGAACUUGAGUUAGAAAAUAACACAUAUGCUGAGGAAACCGAUAUUUACACUAACUUAAAGAAUGAAUUCACAAGAGAAUUAGGAAUAAGUGAAUAAGCCUUAUCAGUUGUCUAAAGUGCUGACUUUACCAACAUUUAAGUUUGAG